AUGAGCAUUAUCUUAUUUUCUACAAUUCCAACUUCAUUGCAUUCUCUUGCUUCUGCAAUAACAACUUUUGAUGGGUCGAAUUUUUCGGAAUGGUAUGAAAGGGUUCAGUUCUCAUUGGGUGUAUUAGAUCUUGACAUGGCUUUAUUAAAUGAGAAACCUCCAAAAGUUACUAUAGAAAGUACUAUAAAGGAGGCGGAACAUUCAAAGGCUUGGAUCAGGUCAAAUAGACUCAGUCUUAUGUUUAUGAGAAUGACCAUUGCAGCUAAUAUCAAGACUUCUCUUCCUCAAACUGAGAUAGUCUCAGAAUUUUUGAAAUCUAUGAAGGAAUGUUUUAAAUGCGUCGAUAAGUCUCUUGCUGGCACUUUGAUGGCUAAAUUGACCACAAUGAAAUAUGAUGGUCAAAAAGGAAUUCAACAACAUAUUCUUAACAUGAAUGAAAAUGCUGCAAAACUUAAUGCAUUAGGAAUGAAUGUUUAUGAAUCCUUCUUAGUGCAGUUCAUCCUUAACUCACUUCUUCCCAGUUUGCUCCAUUAA